AUGGAUGAAGUGAAGAAAAAAAUGAUUUCGACAUCUACGGAUAUGCAAGAUGAAAAUAUCCACGAGAGUUUAUUCAAUCUUAAACGUUUAAAAGACGGUUAUGCAUCUAUCGUGGAUAAAUUAGGUUAUGGAAAAUUUAAACCAUAUCUUCAACGUUUAUUUCAUUCAGUUGAAAUAAUGCUUGUACAUGAAGUAACUGAAUUUAAAAAAAUCGAUGCAAAAUAUCAAGAUAUGGUACGGCAAUGUCAUAUCUACGAAAAAACAUUGACUAUGCUUAAAGAGAACAAUUGUUGUGAAUUAAGCUCGUUUAGUGAAUCAAGUAAUACAUAUGCAUUAGAUGAUUUAACUAAAGUUACUCCAUAUCUUGCACCUGAUCUUCUUCAAUCAACACUUGGCGCAGGAAAUAAUGGUGGAAGUACAUCUAUACAAUUUCGUUUACCACGUCGACGUUCAUCAUUAUCAAGCCGUCAAUUUGUUUCAACUCCACUUGGACCAACACGAACAAUUAAACCAGCAGUUCCUCUUGCUCAUUUUGAUGAUGAAUCUUCAUUAAUUCUUACAAAUAGUCUUGGUUUUCAACAACAACAAGAAAAACAAUAUGUUGAUGCUUAUACUGAACCAGAACCUAUUCCAAUCAUUGAACAAAAAGAUUUCUGUUGUCAAAUGGCUCCAUUAUAUGUUGAUAAAGAUAUUGAAACAAUUCAUUUAACUGUCGAAUUUCAAUCAACACAAACAGAUAUUAUAUCAACAGAAACUAUUGCUUGUCAAAUAAAUCCAGAUCUAAAUGAUUGUUCAAUACAAACAAUUGUUAAUGAACAAAAAGAUUUUUCAUGUCAAUUUAUUCCAACAUCAAUUGAUCAAACAACAGAGACAAUUAUUACAGAUUAUCAUACACAAAUAAGUCAAACUGAUUCAAUAUCGACAAAUGAUUAUUCAUGUCAAAUAACACCAGAAUAUAUUCAUCAACAAAUUGAAACAGAAUCUAUUUUAACACAAGAUAUUGCUUUACAAUGUUCAUUUCAUGAUGAAAUAAUCUUUGACGAUCAACAAAUUCAAACUGAUCCAGUAUCUACAAAUGAUUAUUCAUGUCAAAAAACACCAGAUUAUGUUCAUCAACAAAUUGAAACAGAAUCUAUUUUAACACAAGAUAUUGCUUUACAAUGUUCAUUUAAUAAUGAAAUAACCUUUGAUGAUCAACAAAUUCAAACUGAUAGAAUAUCUCAUAUUGAUGUGUCAAUUCAAUAUGAGCCUGAAAUUGAUGAAUCUGAUACAGCAAUUCUUCCAAUUCUAUUCUGUGAAGAUUUACCAAUAGAAAUUGAAAUUAAUAAAGAAGAUAUACAAAUAGAAACUAAAAUUUUACUUGAUCAAGAAUGUCAAACAAUAAAUAAUAGUUUUCUUCAAUUAAAUGAAUAUACACAAACACCACAUAUUGAUUUAACUGAUUGUGCAUCACAAUCAACAAUAAUAACCUAUGAAAAUGAACAUAUGCAGACCGAACCAGACUCAAGUUUAUAUUCAUCAUCUCUGUAUAUUGCACCUCCAACAACAACAACAACUAUCCAAUCAUAUUGUUCAUCAACUAUUUUAAUUGUACCGAAAGAUAAUUCGGUAUGUCCGAUUGUUAAUGAUCAAGAAAUUCAAUGUGAUCUUGAAUCAACAAAAGCAAUCAUUCCAAUUGAAAUUGAUCGUCCAAUGAAAUUUAAUGAUAGAAAAAGUAUUAUUCAACAACAAAUGGAUGAAAAAGAAAAACAAAUGAAUAGAAUCAUUGAGGAAUAUGCAAUGCUUUAUGGAGAAUAUGAAACAGAACGGCGCCGUAAUAUGGAUUUAACAGAAGCUCGUGAUCGUUUAGCCGAUCAUAUUAAAGUUCUUUCGGAUGAGCUCGGCGAUCGAGAGAUCAAUCAAGAAAAAUUAUUAAUUAAAAGUUGUCAACAGAAUAAAUUAAUCAAUUAUAUGUUACCACAAAUAGAUUGUUCUCCGAUGCCAAAAAAGAAACAUCAUUCAGCUACUAGUUUUCGUCGACUUUUACCUAAAUUCAAAUGA